UUUUUUACCAAUACUGGCAGUAUGUCGAGAUGAUUGAUGCAUUCUGUGCAGUCAACGGCUUUCCAGCGCAACGAGAACAAUGGGUUGCCAGCGCAAGGCCAGCGGCAGAACGCUGGCCUGGAUGGGCAGGCGGCAUGGACUGCAGGCCUCUCCUUCAUCAGUAGCAAAUCGCGGCAGCGAAAGCAACAACGUAUGUCCCGUCCGCUUGUGGAGAUAAACGGUUUUCCGCCUUCAGCACCCCAGGCGAUGGGGCGGACAUCAAACCCCGGUCUGUUCGCUCAGCACGGCCAGCAACCGCAACAGGCGCAGCAAACGCAGACACCGGCAGCUGCACAGGCAGCGCAGCCACAACAACAAAGUUUUGUCGAGCAGCAGCGGGCUCUCCUUGCCGCGCACCAACAGCGGCAAGCCCAGCGCCAGGCCGAGCAGCAAGCCCAACAACAGCCAUCUCCACUCUUACGACAGCCACAACCGCAACCGGCCGGAAACAGAAGCGCGCAAACCGUGCAAACCGAUGCCAUGGAUGACGGGAUAGGCGAUGGCGUCGAGGACAACUGCUUUGCUAAUUUUGCAACGGACGAGCUCGAAGCAGCCGGCCUGCGACCACAUCCCGACAAGAUUGCGGAGACGAGCGCAUUAGCUUCGGUGCCGGUACCGCCUGUGUCGUACAAGACCUCCUUCCCGGCCGAAAUCGUCACAAAGGGCCUUAUCUCAGCAGCACAGUUCAUGGCUGUACGGCUGGCGUGUGCCAAACACGAGACGCUGCUCAAGGACGGUUCACGCGCGGGGUUCUUCCUGGGCGAUGGUCCUGGCGUGGGCAAGGGGCGGCAGAUUGCGGCGACCAUUUUUGAAAACGUUUCAAAGGGACGCACCAAGGCAAUUUGGCUGUCUGCCUCGGCGGAUCUCGUGCACGACGCCGAGCGGGACCUGGAGGACAUCGGCGCCAAAAAGUACCGCUCUGCGGGGCUGCAGCUGCUGCCCCUCAAGAGCGUCACGGCGGGGGAGCGCAACCUCUCACGCAAGCCGGGCUGGGAGAAGGGCAUCGUCUUCUCGACCUAUGACCUGCUCAUAUCCGGGGAGGCUGGUCGAGGGAAGGCGGGUGGCAAGCGGAGGGCUAGCAGCGCCGCCGCCGCCGCAGCAGCAGCAGCUGGGGCGGAGGGAGUCAAGGAGGAGGCAAAGGAGGAGGAAGAAGACGAAUUCGGCGAGGGCUCCCGCCUGGCCCAGCUGGUGGAGUGGUUUGGCGGCGCGGAGUACGACGGGCUCAUCGUACUUGACGAGUGCCACAAGGCCAAGAACUGCCUGCCCAAGGAGGCGGAGACCAACGACGGACGCAACCUGAAGCAGAAGGAGAGCAAAACGUCCAGGGCUGUUGUGGAGCUGCAGCGGCGGUGUCGCAACGCUCGGGUGCUGUACGUGAGCGCCACGGGAGCCACGGAGAGCGAGAACCUGUGCUACAUGGAGCGGCUGGGGCUGUGGGGCGAGGGAACGGCGUACGGCAGCAAGAGGGAGUUUGUCAACAUGCUGAAGACGUACGGCGUACGCGCCAUGGAGUUGGUGGCUAUGGAGCUCAAGCAGAGCGGCUCCUACCUGGCCCGUACACUCAGCUAUGAGGGUGUACGGUUCGACCUGGUUCCGGUGCGCGUCACGGGGGAGUUCAAGCAGCUGUACGACCGGGCCGCGGGGCUGUGGCAGGAGCUGCUGGAGGCGGUGAAGGAGACGGCGCAGUUUGCUGACAAGAAGGCGAAGAAGGAGAUGUUUGCUCAGUUUUACGGUGCGCAGCUGCGGUUCUUCAAACAGCUCUGUACGGCGGGAAAGGUUGACGAGGUGGAGCGGCUGAGCAAGGAGGCCCUGGCGCGGGGGCAGUGCGUGGUGAUUGGGCUGCAGUCCACAGGCGAGGCCCGCACCGCCGCCUACGUUGCGGCGCAUGGCGGCUCCGAGGCGCUGUUUGAGAGCUUCUCCUUCGAGACAUCGGCGCAGGAGAUCCUGCUGGACCUGAUUGGCAAAUACGUGGUCAACAGCGGGGCGGCGGAGGAGCUGAGGAAGCGCGCCAGGGAGCUGAGACUGCCUGGGAACCCGCUGGACGACCUGAUCGACCGGCUGGGGGGUCCCAGCCAGGUGGCGGAGAUGACGGGCCGCUCCAAGCGCAUGGAGAGGCAGCCGGGGGGAGGCUUCAGAUACGUGGCUCGCAACGCGGGGAGCAGCCUGGAUAGG